AAUAAAAAAGAAAAACUCACACCCCUGAAGCCUCUCGAUCAUAAACCAAAAGGAAAAGCCAUCAUCCUCGUUGACUCUCCUCUCUGGCGAUCUCCCUUCACUGUUGACUCACCAUUUCCCUGCCGACUUACCGCCAUUCGGUCUGUAGCUUUCAGUCAUCUUUCACAGCCUCGUCACUGUUGACUCAUCCUCAAUCCUCGCUGCUUCAGAUCUCCUUGUGUUUCUGUAGGCAGCUGACUACGAAGCCACGUUGUUACAAGCAUUAUAUAUAUACUGGAUCCUGACAUUGAAGCACAAGUGACGAAAGCCGGUGAAACCAACUUACAUUAUCGAUAACCUGUGGAGUAGUUUCAAAGCUUACUUACAUACACCCUUAAGUUCAAAUAAAUACUCAAAAUCGUGGGAAGGGUGAAGAUUCAUCAACACGUAACUCAUAAUGGUUCUUCUAUCUGAACUUCCAGAAGGAUCUUCAUCUUCUUCAUCAACUCAUGGCCCUAGUUCAUCAACUUGUGGUCCUAGUUCAUCAACUCAGGAUCAUAGAUAUGAUGUAUUUUUAAGUUUUAGAGGUGUUGACACUCGUCUUAGUUUUACUAAUUAUCUGUAUGAGGCCCUUCUAGAUGCCAAUAUCAAUACCUUCUUGGACGAUGAAGAGAUUGAAACAGGGGAAGAUCUGAAACCAGAAUUGGAGAGUGCAAUUAAGGCAUCUCGGGCUUCUAUUAUUGUGUUGUCUAAGAAUUAUGCUUCUUCAACAUGGUGUCUGGAUGAAUUGGUGCUGAUCCUUGAGCAGCGUAUCACAUCCAACCACAUUGUCAUCCCCAUAUUUUAUCAUGUGGAGCCCACCCAUGUCAGAAAGCAACAAAGUAGCUUUGGAGAUGCAAUGGCUAAGCAUAAACAGAAAAUGGAUGAAGAGACAGAUGAAAAUAAAAGAAGUCAAUGGGCUCAAAAGAUAGAGAAAUGGAAUAAAGCACUUAUCGAAGUUGCUAAUUUAAAAGGAAAUGACGUAAAUGGCAGGUUUGAGACAGAGUUUAUUAAAGAAAUUGUGAAGGACAUCUACCGUAGAUUACAUGUACCAUUAUUACAGAGUUUUCAGCCACUACUUAUUGGGAUGAAGUCUUCCAUUAACUUCAUCACUUCAUGGUUGAAAGAUGGAUCCUCACAUACGGUAGACAUACUCACCAUUUCGGGUAUAGGUGGGAUGGGGAAGACAUGUUUAGCCAAACAUGUCUAUGGGCUAUAUUGGCAUGAAUUCCACAAAAGCAGUUAUAUUGAAGAUAUUACUAGGAGAUGUGAUGGAAAAUAUACCGGGCUGCUUGAUAUACAAAUACAACUGUGUGGUGACAUUUCAAAAACAAGUUCAAUUCAAAUUUAUGAUGUUUCAAAAUACACAUCAAUAAUAGAGAAUGCAAUAGCUCGUAAAAGGGUGUUUCUUGUUCUCGAUGAUAUCAAUAGUAUUGAUCAGUUGGAUGCAUUACUUGGAAGCAAAGAUUUUCAUCCUGGAAGCAAAGUUAUAAUAACAACAAAGGACAGAUGGUUGACAGAGAGUUGUGCACUAUUCAAAAAAAACAUUAAACCCAAACAUACAAAACACUUUCUUCAUGGCUUAAAUGAGACUGAAUCACGACAACUUUUGUGUUCCCAUGCAUUCAUGUGCAAGCAUCCCAAGGAAGGUUAUGAAGAGGUGUCAAAUAAGCUUUUGGAGUAUUGUCAAGGACAUCCAUUGGCUCUUGAAGUUUUGGGCAAGGUUCUUCAUAAUCGAGGUGUGGCAUAUUGGGAAGGGUGCAUAAAAGGGCUAAAGAAAGAAACAAAUGAUCAUAUAAAUAAUGUCUUGAGAAUGAGCUUCAACUCUUUGCCAUCCAAAAACGAUAAGGAAUUGUUUAAGCAUAUUGCUUGUUUUUUUGUUGGAACAGAUAGAUAUGUUAGUGAAACAAUAUUAGAGGCAUGUGAUAUAGACACGAGAUCCGGAAUCACGAAUCUCAUUGACAGAUGUCUUCUUAGUAUCGGAUGGAAUAAUGAAUUGAAGAUGCAUCAGUUGGUUCAAGAGAUGGGAAGAUUCGAAGUACAUCAAGAAUCACCUGAUAAACCAUGGAAGCGAAGUCGAUUAUGGUGUCAUAUGGAUUCAUUAAGAGUGUUGAAACGAAAAAAGGGUAAGGGAAAUCUUCUGGGCCUUGCCCUUGACAUGCGCAUGCUUGAGAAAGAGAAGUUGGGAGCAUCGUAUGAGCUGAAAACAGAUGCAUUAAGUAACAUGGAUAAUUUGAUGCUACUGCAACUCAAUUAUGUGUACAUGAAUGGGUCUUAUGAGAACUUUCCAGAAGAAAUAAAAUGGUUGUGUAUGAAUGGGUUUCGUUUUAAGUCUAUGCCUUUAGAGUUACCUAUGCAGAAUGUGGUUGCCCUUGAUAUGUCAUAUAGCAAUAUUGAAUCAUUUGUCAGUUGUUAUAGCAAUCCACAACGACUUGAGAACAGGAAAAAGUUGGAUGGAUCGUGCUUAAAAGAGAAAAGGUUGUUUGGUUCACUGAAGAUUCUUAAUUUAAGUUUCUGCAAACAACUUCAUAGUGUUGGUGACUUUGACCAAUUCCCUGCACUUGAAAGAUUGAUGCUUAGAAAUUGCAUUGGUUUGGUUGAUGUUUGUGAAUCAAUUGGGCAAUGUGUUGGACUUAUCCUCAUCGAUCUGAGCUACUGCAUGAAACUUGAAAAACUUCCAAGAAAUAUAGGCAUGUUAAACAAGGUUGAAACAAUGUUGUUAGAUGGUUGUAAUCUUGGUGAAUCUCGAAUCAAGAAUAUAGAUAUGGAUUCACUGGAAAUGUGCACGGUUACCAACAUUGGCAUAAACAGAGCCUUUGUGGGUGGUAUACCACGUGAUUUGAAGUCCUCUGCAAUGUCUUUACCGAGGUCUUUAGUAAGGUUGUCACUGGAAAAUAAUAAGCUAUCCAAUGAAUCCUUUCCCAUGGACUUCAGUUGUCUAUCCAUGUUAAAGGAAUUAUAUUUAGAUGAAAAUCCUAUCAAUUCCAUGCCUAGUUGUGUGAGAACCCUUCCUAGACUUGAGAUACUUAGUAUGGAGGACUGUAGAAAUUUGAAGUCAGUCGAGUAUCCUCCACGUACACUAAAAAAGUUGUUUCUUGAUGUUACUAAUUAUUAUCAUACAGACAAAGUUGCAUUUCUUCCAGAAAUGUCCCCACUUCGUUUGUCAAUAGACUGGGUAGACUGGAUAUAUCGUACAAUUGGGUUGAACGAUUACGAAAUUGAAGGUAUCAUCAAAAUCCAAGAAAUGAUGACUGUUGAAGAAAAGGUAUUGCAUAGCUUGGGCUGGACUAAUUUAGACUUCCUCAAUGAAAGGCGUGUGGGAACUAAUUCUUCAGAGUCUGAAAUCCAGAUGAUGAUUUAUGAAUUUGGAAUACUCAGCACGGUUUUUGAGGCGGAGGAGAUGCCGAGUUGGGUUAGGCAUAGAAGUGUGGGGCCGUCAAUAUCAUUUACCAUCCCGUCAUCAUCAUCAUCAUCUCCAAACAACAUUACAGGACUCAACUUCUGCUCUCUGCACACAUUAAACCUUCCCGAUGAGGGGUUGGAUUUAUCAGUUGAUGAUCUUCUCCCUCCGACGACAAUGAUGACAAUUAGUAAUAUAACAAAAAACCAUAUGUGGAUAUACGAACGUUCCGUGGAUAGAUUUAGUAAAGAUCCGAAUUGUUGGGUGAUAUUAAGUCAUUGGAUGUUUGGGAAGAACGAGAUGGAAGCUGGUGACCACAUUACUAUCACUGUUACACCAAAGAGGCAUACUGUUGUUACACGGCUGAGGCAUGACCAUUUUAUAGAAGUUGUAAAGGAGUGUGGGGUGAGUCUUGUGUAUGAAGAUGGAGAGAAGAAUGAUGAAGAAGAUGCAUUGGGUUAUUACAAGUCAUGGAAUCACAUAAUUGGUGGAGAUCUCUCUCCUUUUCAAAUUACAACAGGGCAAUACCUCCUAAACAACAUCCGAUUUUUUGAUUUGGGGAUUUAUAUGUCUCCAUAUCAUCGUCAGUUCGUUCCAGAUGCGCCCAUAUGGCAAGAACAAAAGGAAGACAAUUGGUUCAGAGCUUUAUCCCCAAGGAAGGCUGACAUACUUGGUCGUGCAUGUGAGGAUGUAACAAGAUAAAAGGAGUCAUAAUCUUUCAAUCAAUGCUUGGAAAUGGCAAUAUCAAAAUGUGGUUGGGCUGAUAUGAUGGGAAUCUGUCUAUUUUUCUCUACCUAUUUAAUCUUAGAGUCAGGAAUUAUGGAUCCCUAUUUCAUCCAUUUAGGGCUCUAAAUUCAGGGUUUUUAGUUGUUAUCAAGGUCUUUUGGUUUUAUUUAUUUAUGUUUGUUUUUAUGUCAAAUACAUGAUAUCUUAAGCAUUUAUUGUCAAAUAGAUGAUAACUUCUUUCCUCAUCCCUUAUUUCUGGUUAUUAUACAGCAAACGCACAGGGGUUCGGUUCAUUGUGUGUAUUUCCUCUGAUAAACUUUAUAUAAACUUGAACUAUUAUUUGACUACCAGAGGUCAUUAAAUUCCCUCAAUCAUUGGCAAUGUUCCACCACAUUGUAUUGGACUUUAACCAAUAAGUUUUUAGUGUUAUGCUACUUCUCCAUGAACAUCAUGUAUUCUUAAGAGAUUACAAGUCUCACUAUUUACAUUUGACCUCCAAAAAUAGACAUAAAUUUAAUGUUUAUCUUUUUUCACUCGAAGCCUUUUCAACUUGCUAACAAGCAAGGGUUUCUGUUACAUGCCUCCGCAGCUGAUGUAUUAAAAUUGAUUUAUUGUAGUCUUCUAUUUUUAUGGACAUGUUCUGAUCCUUUUGAUGUUAUUCUUUAACAUGUCCCACAUUUAUUUAGCUGAGUCACAUAUAUGUACAAACAAACAUAAAUAGAUCUUGGUGUAUUGUAUUGCCAUCUAUCUGUUUUCAUAGCAUUUUGUAUCAGAUCUCUAUAUACUUAUGU